AUGGAGAAGGCCAUUUUCAUGCAGUUAUGUCUUCUUGUGCUUGCUACAAUCUCUUUUUCUUCAAUUGUUGCUUAUGGUUCKGAUGGUGAAGUCACUGCUCUUCUUAAAUGGAAAGAAAGCMUGCAACACCAAAAUAACAUCUCCGUAUUACCUUCAUGGAUGUCUUCUCUUCCAAACGGUACUCAAAACCGUUCUUCUACUCCAACGAUGCAAUCUACGUCUCCGUGCUAUUGGUACGGYGUUUCUUGCAAUUCCGAUGGAAGCAUAACGAGAUUGAACCUCUCAUCUUCAAGUUUAACAGGUACAUUGAAUGCCUUCUCGUUUCCAUCAUUUCCCAACCUCACACAUUUCGAACUAAGUUUCAACAACUUUUCUGGGGUCAUCCCACCWGGGAUCAGUAACCUGUCAAAACUGGUUUAUCUUGAUUUUAGCGGAAAUCAGUUUUCCAGUAUCAUCCCUCCAGAAAUUGGGCUCUUGGAGAAUCUCGAGACACUUCACUUGUUUGAUAACCAGUACUUGAAUGGUUCAAUYCCACACCAGAUAUGCCGUAUGAAGUCUCUUUCUGGGCUUGCUUUGUAUGGGAAUACUCUUAGUGGUGAAAUCCCUUUCUGUCUGGGYAACUUGACCAACCUUAGUUAUCUAUUUCUCAACGAUAACGAACUCUUUGGUUCCAUUCCUUAUGAGUUAGGAAACCUCACAAAUUUAACUGGGCUUCAUUUGGAGAACAACCUGUUAACMGGGCCUAUUCCAGACACUCUUGGAAAGCUUAACAAGUUGAUCAKACUGAAUCUGUUUARCAAUCRGAUAAACGGUUCUAUUCCUCCAGAAAUAGGUGUUUUGAGUUCACUUSAAUUGCUAAACCUUUACAACAAUAGUCUCACGGGUUCAAUCCCGAAUUCUCUGUGUCGUCUUCAAUCCCUUAUCUUUCUGCGUCUCUAUUCCAACAAUCUUUCUGGUCCCAUUCCUGAAGAUCUGGGAAACAUGUCAUCCCUAGUCAAUCUGCAAAUAAGUAACAAUCAGCUCAAUGGUUCCGUUCCGAAGUCAAUUGGCAACCUUCUACAAUUAGAGAGUUUCCAUCUUAGAAAUAACCAGUUUUCUGGUUCUCUUCCUGAAGAGUUAGGAAAUCUCAAGUUGGUUGUAGUAGAACUUUCAGAAAACAGAAUUUCAGGUUCUUUACCUGAUACAAUAUGUAAUGGAGGGAGAUUACAGUUGUUGCUUGCAAGUCGUAAUAAGUUGACGGGAACAAUGCCCAGGAGCUUGUUCAAUUGUUCAACGCUAAUUAGAGUACGAUUAGAUGGAAACCAGCUCACUGGAAAUGUUUCAGAAAUAUUUGGUGUCUACCCUCACCUUCAGUUCAUCAGUCUCGGUGACAAUAAGGUUUAUGGGGAACUUUCUGACAGUUGGAGCAAGUGCAAGAAUCUAACAUCAUUGCAUGUUGGAGGAAAUAAUAUCAGUGGUAGCUUACCUCCAUCACUUGGCAAUUCUACUCAAAUUGUUAUGCUUAAUCUUUCAUUUAAUCAUCUGGUUGGAAAGAUCCCAAUGGAGUUCGGAAGGAUGAAUCGUUUGGCAACGCUGGUUUUGCGAGACAACCAGCUUUCGGGUGCCCUACCCCUAGAACUCGGAUCACUUACGGAGCUCUCUCUCUUGGACGUGUCGAAGAAUAAUUUCGAUGGGUCCAUCCCUUACACUUUGGGGAAUUGUUUAAAUCUCUUUCAGUUGUACUUGGGGGACAACAGAUUUGUUCAUGAAAUUCCAAUCCAAUUAGGUCGAUUGUUUCACUUGUCAGAUCUUGAUCUAAGCAACAAUUCACUCACAUCAACAAUACCAACACAAAUAGSAAGUUUGAGUAGUUUGGAGAAGCUAAAUCUCUCUCACAAUCAACUAUCUGGCUCUAUCCCAAAGUCCAUGGAAGCAAUGAACGCUUUGUGGAGCAUUGACAUAUCCUACAAUCGCUUGCAAGGUCCCAUUCCUAAUAGCAAAGGCUUUWUGAAUAUUUCGCUACAAGGCUUACAAGGGAACCAAGGUUUAUGUGGUAACAUUACSGGKUUACAACAAUGCGACAAUGAUUUGAUAGCGGAAGGGCGUAAUACAAGAAAGGGCCGGAAACUUGCACUCAUUGUUUCACUUCCUCUUCUCGGAGCACUUUUACUUGGUAUAUUCGUUGGAAUGGUCAUCUAUUCUCAUCGAAGRAAGAGRAUGUCAUCGAAAAACCAACGGGUAGAGGAGCAUGACAUGGAAUUCUUUUCCAUAUGGGCUUUCAAUGGAAAGGGAAAAUAUGAUGAAAUCCUAAAGGUGACACAAGAGUUCAAUGAAGCAUUUUGUAUUGGAAAGGGGAGAUGUGGAAGUGUGUACAAAGCAAAGUUGGCAUCAAACGAGACCGUUGCUGUAAAGAAACUUCAUUCAUCAGCCGAUAUGGUUGAUCGCGAUAGUUUUCUAAACGAGGUGAAGGCGUUGACUGAAAUAAGGCACCGGAACAUUGUGAAGCUGUACGGGUAUUGUUCACAUAAAAGACACUCAUUUUUAGUUUAUGAGUACCUAGAAAGAGGUAAUCUAUUCGAAAUCUUGAGAAACGAAGUUGCAAGAACAUUGGAUUGGACCAAGAGAGUGAAUAUAAUCAAAGGUGUGGCUCAUGCUUUAUCAUAUAUGCAUCAUGAUUGCUCAACCCCUAUAGUUCAUCGAGACAUAUCAAGCAAAAAUAUUCUCCUCGACUUAGACAACGAGGCUUGCAUUUCAGACUUCGGCACAUCCAAGAUUUUGUAUCCAAAUUCAUCGAACGAGAGGAUUUCCAAUACAAAAGCACUUGCAGAAAUGUGCUCUCAACAUGAGGUCACAGCUAUUGAUUUCUUGCCAUGA